CGAUUAAAAAAGUAAAAUGAAAAGAUAACAUCCGCCUCCAUCUCUCUCAUCUUCUUGUGCGUGCCGGACCGCCGGUGUUGUGUUAUUGAGAGUCAGACAGAGCGACUUCGGUCUCUCCUUCUUACAAGACACAACUUCUCAUAUGAUCGUCUGAGGCUCUAACAUCACUAUGAUUACUCUACUGAGAACUUAGAAGACGCCAAUCUCCUUCUCUGAUUAAUCGGACAAAAUAUGUUAGGCUGUGUCCAACACUCGUAUUUUUGCUGUAUAGAUCCUAUUCGAUACAGUGGGAAACAAUUGCAUUCAAAUGGAAACUCGGGUUUGCUUGGAAUGCGCCCAGUACAGAAUUCAGUUUUAACAGGUCAUUGGAUGCGCCACCCGUUGCUUAAACAGGGAAAUCACUACAGAUGUGUUGUAAAGAAAAACACAUUCGAACGAGAGAAAACUUUAUUCUCUGGAUAUCCUUUUUCCUGUUUAAGUGGUCUGGAAAAAGAUUCAUGGAUGGCACAACAAUCUAAAGCGCGUCUGAUUGAUUUUCUGUCUCCAGCAAUGGGUCAUAGUCAGGACGCACAUCCAGAAUCUAGCUUAAGCAUUCCAGCAAUCACGAGCGCUCUCAAAAAAACGAAGCUCACUUCCAAGGCUAUGAUGGAUUUGGCUUCUCAAGAUGGUCUGGUUUACAUCUCUGGGCCAACUUAUGCUAGUUCAACAGUAACAUCAUCAAGCAUCAACUGUAAACUACCACCUUCAGGACUUGGUCGUUACCCUAUUCCAAAAAGGCGCAUGGGGGUUUCUGCAUUCGGAAACGUGGCAACUCGCCGUAUCCAGCGUCAUGUCUGCUUUGCUACAGUAAGUCAAUUGAUUCGUCAUGGGAGAGCAAAGAAACAGCACAAAGCACAAGGUCGAAGAUUGAGUAAUUGUCCCCAGAAGCAAGGAGUAUGCCUUACAGUUCAAUUGGCAUCGCCAAAAAAACCAAAUUCAGGCAACCGUAAGACAGCUAGAGUACGCUUGACUAAUGGCAAAGACGUAACUUGUCUCAUCCCUGGCGAGGGGCAUAAUUUACAGGAACAUAGUAUUGUCUUAGUUGGAGGAGGUGGAGUCAAAGAUUUGCCAGGUGUGAAUUACCACUGCAUUCGAGGAAUCAGGGACUUGAAGGGUGUUCCAGAUCGUAAAAGAGGUAGAUCCCAGUACGGCACCAAAAAGCCACGAAAAACACCCGAAAAACAGAAUGCAAACUGAGCGAACGAAGCCUAUUUCAAUUUUAGCAUAAUCUGGAAGAUUUUAAGUUUGGCUUCUAGUUUUAGCGAUUUUUUUUAGUGAUUUUGAAUUUGUGUACUUUUCAAACCCUUUGGGUCACAUGUUUUAGAUAUGUACAUGUACCCCUUGUAGCAAAUUUCAAAUAUUCCCUCCGUCCCACUAUUAGAUGAUCUACUUAGUUUAAAGUUUUGUCCCACCAUUAGUUGACCUAUUUCAUUAAACAAGGGAAUAUUUCUAAAAUUAUCAUUUUCAUUGGUUA